AUGGCAGAAUAUGAAGCAUGCAUCCUUGAGCUAAAGAUGGUAGUCGACAUGACCAUCAAGGAGCUUCUGGUCAUAGGAGAUUUGAAUUCACUGAUAAACCAAGUUCAAGGCGAAUCAACAAGCAAGAAUGUCAUGAUCAUUCCAUAUUUGCACUGCGUAAAAGAGUUGUGUAAUAAGUUUACCAAGAUUGAGUUCAAACAUGUUCCCAGAAUCCAGAAUAAGUUCGCCGACACUCUUACAACCUUGUCAUCUAUGAUCCAACAUCCAGAUAAGAAUUACAUCGGCCCCAUCGAGAUAGAGGUUCGAGAUCAACAUGCAUACUAUUUCCAUGUAGAUGAAGAGCCAGAUGGUAAGCAGUGGUAUUACGACAUCCAAAGGUUACUCAAAGCAAGAGAAUACCUAGAAAAUUCCUCCAGCAGUCAGAAGCGAGUGUUAAGAAAACUAACAAAUUACUUUUUCCUUAAUGGGAAAGUCCUGUACAGAAGGACCCAUGACGUGGGUCUAUUAAGAGCCAAUGUUGCUAGGGGAUGGGGCAUAGGCAGAGGCAGAGGCCAAGGAGAAGCACAUGAUACCGUUAUAGCACCUUCCAGAGUAGACAUUGAGGAGCCACCAGUAACUCCGGUUGGGGAGCAGGUGGCUUAG